AUGAGCGGCUCCAAGCGAAAGGCAACCAACACCGGCAACAACAGCAGCAGUAGCAAACGCAAUAGCAUUGGCACUCGCGCACGGAAAGUCAUCUCCUCACCAGAGCCAACACGCAUGCGCACUCGUGGUCAGGUCAAGGCCGAGCGUGCUAUAUCUGAGAAGAGACCAAAGCUGCGCCAUGAUACACGUCAAGACAACGUCUUUGCCAUCAAAGAUAUAGUUGAUGAGAAGUUCAUCCACGGCAAGCGUCACUACAAGAUCGACUGGCAAGACGAUUCCAACACUGGUGAAUCUUUUUCGCCCACCUGGGAGCCUGAGGAGAACGCCAACGAGAACGCUGUCAAGGACUGGGAACUGCAUAAACAGCGCCGAGUCCUUCUCAGUCUCACCUCGGAGAAGGACACUGUCGUUGAACCCUCUGAGGCCUCAACGCCUGGUCAAACUCCCGCUGGUGCCAUCUUCGUUGAGCUGCAAUCGAAAUCGGAUUUCUUGAGGUCAAGGCCAGAUUUUGACCUCUCCGACGUUAUCUUUGUCUCAUCGUCUCAACUUUCACAAUUUCCUCACCCCCACUCUCAGACUGAGCUCGCGCCCUCUCAGUUCUUCGUCGCCUCAUCUCAUCCAUCUCUGGACUUUGUUGCAGAUUCCCAGCCUGUAAACUCGGCUCUUGUAGAGUCUCAGCAAACACAACCCACCACCAGAAACCCAGGCUUCAGUCAAACAACCAUUCCCGACUCUCAGGAUUUCUCUACAGAUCUGUCGCAAGGCCCUAUUAGCGCUAGCUUUGCGGCCCAAGAGCGUAACUCGCCACCAGCAGGCCAGGAGGCUCGGGCCGCAGCGGAAGCAUUCACCAGAGCCGCCACACAACAUCCAUCAUUCGAGUCGUCGACGAUACCAUCUCGUCAGCCGGGCACCGUUCUUGGCUCCUUUGGAACACAUUCGAUCCCCCGUUGGGAGGAAGGAGACUAUCUGGAGGAAGAAGGCCAGCACGGAGCACGGGCAGAGCAUUCGCAAGUAGAGAACCCGGUCUCACGCGGGCACGCGACCAGUUUUGAGGGCUUUUUGAUUCAAGCGGAACUUCAGAUUGGCAGCUCUGACCUGCCAGGCGGCUCGGCAUCACGACGCCUAUCCAGCCACAUCACUUCCCAAAGUGAGCAGCCUUCAAACACCUUGGCUGAGGUGACUCCAACGGACGACUCUCAGCAAGCUGCUCAAAUAGUAUCGCCUCUAGCAGCAGAAGUUCCCCUAUUCCAGACGCAGAACGAGGAAGACUUUUUUACUGCGUCGGAGGACUACGAGGUUGUUCCGGAUACCUUGAAGAAGAGCGAGGGCAAGAGCCAAAUGCACCCCCUUCACCGUCAUUCUGCUGUUCACCCGGAAUCUUGGGCUCAAGAACCACCGCCUGAAUUAUUCGCGGAAAAUAUCGAACCUCAACAAGAUGCGACGAUUAUUGAUUCUGGCAUGGCAUCCUUGAACCCCCCUGCGGCAGCGUUGGGCACAAUUGAGGGCCUAGCUUUACCAUCAAGUGCCUUGAAACAACACAUGGAAGCAAGUCUUGAAGGUAGUGAUGUACCUGCUACUGUCACUCCAUCGGCCCUGCUCGCCUCCGUCGAUCUCAACGUCGCUCCUGACCUUGAAGUUCGACCAAGCAGCGGUUUGCCUGAAGACGCCGAACCUGGCGUUGCAUCAAGUGAGGGCCACGGUGACGUCGUCAUGCACGACGACCAGGACUUCGAUAUUCUUUCCUCCGAGGACAGUGCACCGAACGAGUACCUUGUUCCUAUUCCCCCUGCCGCUAGACUUCGCGCUGAGGUUUUGGACUACAUCAAUGACCACCGUCAAGAAAUACAGACGUUUACUACGGGUGUCUAUCGCGACAUCGCUGCGUCGCCAGAUCACAAAAAUGCCGCCAAAAUCGAUGGAAUGCUUCAGUAUCUCACUGAACUGAGCAACCUACCACCUUACCACAAAGACCUUCCCGGGCUAUCCCAGGAAGAGUGGGUGAGAUAUGCCAGAGACACCAGCAGCAAGCUGUCAUUCGCAUACGAGUUCUUGGAAGAUGCGCAACCUGUGCACACUGCGAACAUUGUGCUUGCAUACGACCAGACCGCCGAGCAUUCUGGCUUGCUCGACCACUACAAGACCGACAGUUUAGACAAACAGGAGCCAUUAGUAUUUUCUCUCGUGGAGGUCUACACGCUCGAACAUAUCAAUCGGCGCCUGUCGCCCGGGAUGGACCCGUUCGAACGGAAGCGGGCACAAGCUCUCUGUGUGGCCUUCCUUUCUAGACAUCUCGAGGACGAGUGGAUGUACGAGCGAAUCCCGCAACCACAUGAAAUGGCGCAGGACUUGAUUCGCUAUCUCGUUGACGAUGAAGGACACUUCACUCACCCUGAAACAAGAUGGGAGACAUGGGAGCACCAGACGGUCCCCGAAGAUGUCUUUGAUCGGUACAAGGCAUUUCGGAGUCGAUAUUUCUCUUCUGGUAGCCGAAAGCGGCGGUUGGACGAAGGCAACGAUGUCUCCGAAACUCCAAAACGGGCCCGGAUUGAGUCACCGCCUGAGAUAAGCGAUGAUUUAAGAAAAUACCUCGGAACCGAUGCCAUUCUCACCGGCAAUCAAGCUCAGAUCUCCAUUGAGAGGCUUGAGGAUCUUGUAGUUCAGGCAAAGGAUUUGAAGGCUGCUUUGGACCAAAAAGGUGAAGAGCUGAGGGGUUGGGUGAAGACUGUGAAGAGCUUCCAGCCUAAAUACCAACAAGCCAUCAGAGAACGCAACAUCUUCGAGGAGGAGCGCAACAAGUUGCUCAAAGAAAAAGACAAAAUGCAGAAAUCGCUCGAUAGCAGCCAGGCAAAGGCGACCAAGCUUUCAGAAGAAAAACACGAGCUUGAAAUGAGAUUGCAGGAGCUGGCAAACUCGGACAAUCCCAACACUACGACAGCCGCCCAACGGGAAUUAGAACUCGCAUCGUCGCGAGAGAACGCGGCGGCUCUUGAGAAGCAGCUAAUAUUCCUGAGAAAGGAUGUCGAAUAUGCGCGCAGCCGGUAUCAGGACGCAUCGGACAAGGCUGCUUCUCUAGGGGAAGAGAACACAACCCUGAAGAGCCAAAUCGCCGAGCUUGAGAAGAGAGCCUCUGAUAAUGUUGUCAAGCUCCGGGGGCUCAGCGUGGAUACGGCCCGCCACGACGCCUGGCGGCUGUACCAGGACGAGAAGGCCCAGCGCCUCAGCGCAGAGCGCGAGCUAGACAGGAAGAAUGACGAGCUGCGCAACUACAAAAGCCGGUUCGGUGGCCGCGAGACUAGGGGGAGCAGUGUUCCCCGUAGUCCUCGCGUCCGCCAAGUGUCCAGCCGCAACACGAGCCCGGUCGGCGACAAUGGGAACGGCGGGAACGGCAGCGGACCAGGCCCAAUCUCAGGCGUCUUUGGUCCGAGGAGCACACAUUUGAAGGAGAACUUCUAG